AUGGGCCCCGAGUCCGAGUCCGACUCCCUGAACCCGCUAUGGAUGUUCUCACACCUUACCCAAGCAGAAGAGCCUUCCCAUCAAGAAUUAUUUCCUAUCAUACAAAAUGAGCAUGAGCAGAAGGAUGGAGAUCCGAGCGCCUCCCAGGAGGAAGAGCAAAGCCUCCCAGCGAAUUUCAACCUUCGCGCCAUAUAUCCAAAAUCAAAUUGUGCUUUAUGCGAUUGGCCGCUAAUUGACCGAGCGACUUCGCUCGGUUUUCAGGACCUUUACUGUCCCAGAAGUCGUGGUUUAACUCAUCUUGCAAUUGCCCGGGAACACCGGUCGUUUAAGUGUGCGAUUCCAGGUUGUGAAGUAGGCCUUCCUAGAUCCUCAGUCGCUUGGUCUGUUCAUUUCGCCAAAAGCCAUCCUGACAUCAAAUACGGGUGCGCACAGUGUGGCCUGGAAUCCGAUACUCAUGAACUACUCGGCGAGCAUGGAACCAAAUCUAUGCACACUGCAUAUGCUUGUCGUUUCUCGGAUUGCGGUUCUGGAGCCGCAAGGCUUACUGAUCUACUGAGACAUCAAUUGACACAUAUCUCCAGCGUUGCCCGUCAUCCUUGCCCUCACUGUCGCAGAUUCGAAGUUGACUGGAACAGGCACCGAGGUACUAAGGGCUUCAAGCGCAAGGAUCAUCUCCGUCAGCACAUCCGAAAUUAUCAUCAUAUCGAAGCUGAUGGAUCCCAGUCCGGCCCGCUUACAUUCGAAUGUCCCCGUGAAGGCUGUGGUCGAAUUGGAUCGAAAGCCUUUGAAGACAAAAAGCUCCGUCAGCUUCACCUGAGGAAGGAUCACGACUCACCAUUUCAGUGCCCGCAGCCUGGUUGCGAUCGAGUUGGCACUAAGGGGUGGAUGCGCGAAUUCGAUAUGGUGAAGCACGUGAACAAGGUCCACGGGGUCAGCCAGUGA